AUGGACCAGUCCGUGUCGGCCGUGUCGGGUGCACUAUCCUGUGCGGCAUCCGCGUCGCCGGAGACGGCGGCGGUAACGGCGGCACCGGCGGCAGUGGCGUGGUUGGGGCCAGCGGCAUGGGUGGCGUUCUCGUGCGCGCUUGCCCUCUUCAUGGCGGCGCGAGGAUUCAGGAAACGGUCGCUCUCCGCAUCCGGCGCUGCAGCGGCGUUCGUCGUGGGAUCGCUCACCAUGACCGCCGGCGCCAGGUUCGGCGUGACGCUGAUCGCCUUCUUCCUGUCGUCGUCAAAGCUGACGCGGCUCGGCGCGCAGCACAAGCGGCGCGUGGAGGAACGCUUCAAGGAGGGCGGCCAGCGCGACGGGGUGUGGCGUGGCUGGGCGCGUGGCUUGGAGGAGCGCUUCAAGGAGGGGUGGGUAGGGGGAGUCGGGUGGCAGAGGGGAGGGCUCAUGCAGUUAAGGGCAGUGUGGGAUGGGCUGGACAGGUGUUGGGAGAGUGGGGGAGAGGAGCUGCAGCGGUGGGAGCGCAUGCUCUUAGCUGCUUUCCUAGCCCACUAUGCUGCCUGUGCUGGGGACACGUGGUCGUCUGAGAUUGGUGUGCUCAGCAAGAGGCCUCCCCGCCUCAUCACCACUCUGCAGGUAUGCUCUCUUGCUCUCCUAAGCUCCGUCUACCCCCCCUCACCCCCUCCCACGCCCUCUGCAACCCCUCAGCAAGAAGCCUCCCCGCCUCAUCACCACGCUACAGGUACGCUCUCUUGCUCCCCUGACCACCCUCUUAUCCCCCCACCCCCUAACCUCAUUUCCCCACCUUCCCCCUUCGCCUCCCUUUUCUCUCUUCCUCUCUCCCCCCCUCUCUCCAUAUUUACAACCCCCUUCCACCCCCUGCAUUCCCCUUCCCCUCCCUUCUCCACGCCCCGUCUCCCAAUCGCCACAAUCAGCAAGUGCCUCGGGGCACGAACGGGGGAGUGUCACUCAUGGGCCUAG